CAUCUAGUUUGCCUCUAACGUUGGACCAAGUGCAAGGCCUAACGACAUCAGUUUACUUUUACUUCAAUGUUAAUAAAACUAGUCUUUGUUUUGAUAUGAAGAAUGACAUGUUGGUAAACCACGGGCAGGCGAGCGAUCUCCUUCGAAAGAAAUUUGUCAUCGUGCUCGGUGACUCAAUCCAGCGGUCGGUCUACAAAGAUCUGGUUGUCCUACUCCAGAAGGACAACCUUCUAACUGUGGCCCAGUUGAAGAAGAAGGGGGAGAUGGAGUUUGAACACGACUGCCUGUUGGAGGGGGGGAUAAUGAACAACUCGACGGGUUAUAGGGAGGUGCGUGAAUAUCGGUCAGACAACCACCAUGUCCGCUUCUAUUUCAUCACCCGGAUCUUCUCUGAGUACGUGGAGAGCAUUCUGGAGGACAUCCGGUGUGGUUUGAAACCAGACCUGGUCGUGGUUAACUCCUGCAUCUGGGACAUCUCCAGACACAACCGUCCGUGGGAGUUGGACUACAUGAAUAAUCUCAAGCAGUUCUUUAAGCAGCUGAAGAGCAUCCUCCCUAAGGAGAGCCUGGUGAUUUGGACCCUCACUAUGCCCGUCGGCAACAACAUCAGGGGCGGGUUCCUAGUGCCCGAGAUAGCCCACAUGGGCUCGACGCUUCGCGAGGACAUCGUUGAGGCUAAUUCCGUCUCACGCAGCGUGGCAAGUGGGUUUGGGCUGGAUGUGUUGGACUUCCACAACCAUUUCUGCUCCCAACUGCAGCACCGUACGAAGGACAACGUGCAUUGGAACGCCCAGGCACACCGACAAAUUAGCACGCUGCUGCUGCAGCACACUGCACAGGCCUGGGGUGUGGCCCUGCCAGGCCUGCACACUGUGCUGGAUCUCCAGGAUGGCCCCAAACAGAAGCCGGUCUGUGAGAGCCACACCAUGACCUCUGGUUUGGUAGCCCUCAGGCCAGCUCCAUCCAAUAGGCGCAAGAAUAAGUACAUCAUCACUAAGUACAGAGCAGCCAAAUUGAAAUGGCAAUGUCAAUUCAAGUUGGAAUCCAGGAGGAAAUACCGGAUGUACACCAUGUACAACAAGUACACAAAGCAGAACUAA